ACGAUUGUUCAUUAUCUGAUUGAGACACUUAAAAAGGUUUGAGGGUUAAUAUACUGAAAAGAGAUAGGGUGGAAUUAGUAAAUAAUUGGUUCUCGUUGCACUCACUCCGCGGUCGUCGCGACGCUACGUUGCGCGCGCCGUUCUCGCUUUAGUUUCGUCGCCCAAUACGCAAGCCCGGUGCUCCUCGGUGCGCUAAACAGACUUCCACAUCUAAAGGGCAGUUCAAGAUCACAAACGCCGCAGCUUUUACACAGUGCCGAGUGCCGCGAUAGAUUUUUCCACUUUACGUCGGUAAUCAUGGUUUGGCCCACGGCGUACGAUGGCAAAACAGAGAUGGGAUCGGCAGAAAAGCCGAGCAUGCAGGAGGCGGCCGCAAACGCGGGAUCGCACUUGCAGCACAUGUGCGCGCUCGACAUCGACUCUAAGGCUUCCUACGUGCGCCUCUCUGGCAUCAUCUGCACUAUCGGGCCCGCCUCCCGCGAUGUGGCGAUGCUGGAGAAGAUGAUGGAGAUUGGUAUGAACGUGGCUCGCAUGAACUUCUCCCACGGCUCCCACGAGUACCACGCGGAGACUAUCAAGAAUUGCCGCGAAGCUGAGAAGAAUUAUAGUGCUAAACUUGGCAUUCCAUUCUCGCUGGCCAUUGCUCUGGACACCAAGGGACCUGAGAUCAGGACAGGUCUUUUGGAAGGCGGCGGUUCAGCCGAAGUGGAACUGAAGAAAGGCGAGACAAUCAACUUGACAACCAACGCCGCCUACUCUGAGAAGGGCACUAAGAACACAGUGUUCGUGGACUAUCAGAACAUCACAAACGUGGUGAAGCCCGGCAACAGGAUCUUCAUCGACGACGGCCUUAUCUCCGUCAUCUGCCAGUCCUCCACCGCUGAUACCCUCGUCUGCACCAUCGAGAACGGAGGUUUGCUGGGAUCCAGGAAGGGAGUGAACCUGCCCGGGCUGCCGGUGGACCUGCCCGCCGUCUCCGAGAAGGACAAGUCUGACCUGCUGUUUGGAGUUGAACAAGGGGUGGACAUGAUCUUCGCAUCAUUCAUCCGCAACGGCGCCGCACUGGACAACAUCCGCAGCAUCCUCGGCGAUAAGGGCAAAAACAUCAAGAUCAUUUCCAAGAUCGAGAACCACCAGGGCAUGAUCAACUUGGACGAGAUCAUUGCUGCUUCAGAUGGCAUCAUGGUGGCGCGCGGAGACCUGGGCAUUGAGAUCCCGCCAGAAAAAGUGUUCCUCGCGCAGAAGACCAUGAUCGCACGAUGCAACAGGGUGGGCAAACCGGUUAUCUGCGCCACUCAAAUGUUAGAGUCCAUGGUGAAGAAGCCGCGGCCCACUCGCGCCGAGACGUCGGACGUGGCCAACGCCAUCCUGGACGGCGCCGACUGCGUCAUGCUGUCCGGGGAAACUGCCAAGGGCGACUACCCGCUGGAGUGCGUCCUGACCAUGGCCAACAUCUGCAAGGAGGCCGAAGCCGCCAUUUGGCAUAAACAGCUGUACAACGACCUUGUCAGCGAGGUGUCGCCGCCCAGCGAACCGGCGCACUCGACCGCCAUCGCAGCCGUGGGCGCGGCCGCCAGCUGCCACGCGGCCGCGGUGGUGGUGGUGACGACGAGCGGCCGCUCGGCGCACUUGCUGUCCAAGUACCGGCCGCGCUGCCCCAUCAUCGCCGUCACGCGGCUGCCGCAGACCGCGCGCCAGGCGCAUCUGUUCCGCGGCGUGCUGCCCAUUGUCUACCAAGAACCGGCGGCGGCCGACUGGCUGAAGGACGUGGACAACCGCGUGCAGUACGGGCUGAAGUUCGGGCGCGCGCAGGGCUUCCUGCGCAGCCGCGACCACGUCGUCGUCGUCACCGGCUGGCGGCAGGGCUCCGGCUUCACCAACACCAUGAGGGUUAUCCAAGUCGAAUAAGCUGAAAGCGUACAACAUCAAAAGAAGAAAAUAUAUUUUAAUUUUAAGUAUUAGCGCAAGGAGCAAGUGAUAUAAAACCAGAUCUAUGUAUAGUGAUAUAUGAUAGACGAAUACAAAGUUAAUGUAUAAAAUAUUUCUCGAAACUCUACUUUAGCUCUAGGUGUAUUUAUUUGUACAAAUAAGUUAUGAUACCAGGAGUAUUGUAAUGUUACAUGUUUGAGCAUACGUUAAUAAAGAUUUUAAAAUGUAA